AUGGAGAUGGAAACUUUGACCCGCCUUAAAAGGGAUCUGGUAGAUGCGAACCGUGCUGUGGCUCUCGCUCACUCUAAAGGGACUCGUGACGGCUUCCAACAAGGGAUCAGCUACUUUCGUGACAAGGCCAAAGCAGCUUACUCGUUCGUUGAUUGGGAUAACUUCCCGAUAGGGACAAAUUGA